AUGUUGAAAGCUCCGUGUGCGAGAAAUCCGUUGCUGGCUCGGUCAAAGGGGAAGGAAGAGGAGAAAUUCUUGACAAAUGUGAUCGACGACGACGACGACGUCGGUCUUGCUCAGUCUGGGGCGGCCAAGGAAGCAGGUGCUCACUUCAGUAACAAGGACAACCGGAGGAUUGCCAGGAAGAUUGAUUUACGUAUUCUUCCCCCUGAUGCCGGAGGUUGGAACGCACGAUUUAACAGGAUUCGAUAA